AUGACUGCUUGCCUUGGAGAAUGCCCUAAAGGGUCCAAAUCAUGUUCUGGAGUUCACCUUGAUUACUUUCCUGAAGAUACACUAAAUACUUUUGUUGUGGAGAAGCGUCUUCCGUCGAAGAUGAAGCUAAACCAGGCAGACGCUACCGAUACAAACGAUAAGUGCAUUAAAGCAGCCAAGUUACUGAAAUAUUAUCAAAACACCCAAGAUGUUUGCACCCGUGUAUCUCUAGGCUCUGAUAAAUCCUCGGAGCAAAUUAAGCGACCGUUUCUGCGCAAGAACCAGGGCCGUGCCGCGUGGUGUUGCCGUUUGCGUCCUGUGGGGGCGACGGUAAACCCUGGACCUGUACUAUUACCACCACAUGUCUCUGCGACCAUUCAAACCCACAAUGCAACCAAUUCAGAAACAGUCGAAGAGAUACGUGAUUACAAAAACUCUGGGGAAUGCUACGCUGCUUUAAGUGAUUGUGAUGACAAGGUAAACCGUCAAACGCGAUUUCGGAAUGAUACAGGAGAGGGUUCUUCUGUGAAUAAGGGUGACCAAGUGCACUCUGCUGUUUACGACAGAGAGCUGGCAGAAUUCGAGUUGCUGGAACGCCUUACUGAAAAGCAACAGUGCGGAUGCAACAGCAAUGAGUUGGAAGAUAGUCAUUAUCGUAAACAAUCGAAAAGAAUAUCUGACACCAUGGUGCCUAUAGGAAGGUGUGUUUCUCUACCUGCUACGGACGAGGAAGAUGCACUCAUGGCUGCUCAAAACUCCAUUCAUGGAGACAAUUCAGGGGAGGCAAUCUGCCGCUUCACUCCCAAUUUUCAUAUCAGCAAUCUGGAUUCGAAAUGCCUCAAAGACCCUUGUUACGAAAGUUGCCAGUCUUUAGCACAAAACCUUGCUGCGGAUGUUUGUCCAACUAAAAAGUCGAAUUCUCUUGAUUCAUGUGACUAUACCCAAAGGAAAGACGAGACUAUCACUGAGGCCUCAAAGAAAUCGAAUCCUAGUCGACGGCACCUCCCCUCAAGCGCAUGUUUCAACACACGGAGCGAGUGUCACAGGCCUAAGCUUGGAGAUGGAAACGCCUCCAAUGUUAGUCUAAACUUGUCCAGUGAUGUUUGUGACCGUUCGUCUCCUUCGACCAUCCAGCUUUGGAUAGCGCGUCUGGAAGCCGAGAUUAACCGUUUCAAUAGCGAAAAUGCAGCCCUGGUAAAGCUUAAAAUGGAAAGAGAGGAAGCUCUCUCUGCACUAAAGAAAGAAAGAAAGGAAUUUGAGGAAUACAGGACAACUACAAUGAAGGACUUUGAGACCUUCCGACAGGAGGAGAUAAUCAAGCUCAAGAAGGAGCGAAAGGUGCUGUCUGACUACCAAAGAAGUUUGCGCAACGUGCCAUCAAAACGUGAUCGCGAAGAAAUUGAUCGAUUAAAACAGCAGAUUUGUGAGGAGAAGGCCGAGUCUGCGCAACGAGAACUGCGUCUUCAGCAUCAGCUCAGUCGCCAAAGAAUGCGAAUAAAAGAGCUAACGGCCGAUAAGGCUGAAUUAAUGGAACGUAUCAAACGGUUGGAACAGGCCCAACUCAUAUUACGGAGCUCGAUCUUCGGGGAAAGGGCUAACCAAGCUUUGAAAACUUCAAAUGAACUCAACAAAUACAAUCAGAAUCGGCUGGAUUCUGUUUCUCAAGUUGUCAACAUCAAUUCUCGUGAUGAGAUCCUGGAGAACAUGCUUGAUGGUGAGACCCAAAGGACACGAGCGGCUUCCGCUGGCGCAAACUCAGGGAAUAGUGCUUCCAUGCCUUUGGAUCUGCUUCUCUCUAGAUCCACCAGUGCCCUCUCGGGCGGAGGAGCUACGGAGUUUCCUAAGCCUCUGUUUACCUGUAUCCCUCCUUGCACCUCUGCUGCCAUUUCUACACACUCAAAACAGCAGAGAGCACAAACAUACAUGGUUGUUUCGGAAUCCGCCAAGGGUGAAGAUGACAUCGCAAAGUUAGCUGCUAUUUUGCUGCAUGGAUGUCUAGCUGCCGAGUUUUGUGGUCUUAUUCCCUCUAAAUGUCUGAAAUUUAGCACUCAGUGUCGUCCGUUGCUUGCGGUUUCAAGUCGGAAUUGUGAAACCGUCAUUGGCAAAACUCAUCGCCCAGACGUUUCUUUGGAACGCGUGCAAUUUGACGGUUCAGCAACGAGGACAUAUGUUGGCAAAACAGAGAAGGGAGUGGUUUUCCUUUCCAACAGUGAUGGUGGACAAAAGAUGGAGGGCGAGUCCAUUGUAAUUACGAGUCAUCCAGUGGCUGUGGAGGGGUCGAACCUUCCAGAUGGAAUGUAUGUUCAGGUGUUCGCUAACGGCGACAAGAUUAUCAGUCUACCCAACGGCCAAAGAGAGCUUCACUGCUCGAAAUUUAAGCGGCGAAUCUACCCUGAUGGAACAGUAAAGACAGUUUUUAAGGAUGGUAAACAGGAGACUCGUUACGCAUCUGGUCGAAUCCGUAUAAAGGAUAGCGAAGGCAAUCUCCUUGUUGAUACUCGAAUAGCGCCGGUGUCUCAAAGCGCUGUCGCUGACUUGGCGCCACUUCUUGUGCCGCCUCACUAA